AACUGUCAUUUUUUUUUUUACCAAAACUCUGUGGUUUUAGUUUUAUCCAAUUUAUUCCAAGUGCUCCCGAUAGCUGUUCUUUUUCCCCUUAACAAAAUUUCCCCAAUUCCCUCUCUUCUCCUUUAAUCCCUAAAUUUUCAUCCCCAAGCUCCCAACCCAUUUGCCACCGAAGAUGCCGACCGGACCACCUGGUGCAUCGCCCUCGACUAACCCCUCUGCUGCGUCUCCGUCGCCGUCGGUCUCUACUGCCACAGCCAAUCGAUAAAGGGCUCAGAUAGUUUGGUUUCUAUUGUUGCUUCUAGGUCUGGAAAAGGGCUCCCAAUUCUUUCAUACUAUCUAACGUUAACAACCUAAAAGGCUAUUGCAGCAAUGAUGCGUGCUCAGGAGGCCGAUCCUAUCAAUCUGGAAAUACUUCUUGCUCUUGGUAUGAGUCAUACAAAUGGCUAGUGAAUGCUUAUCCCUUUAAUCAAGAUGAGAUUAAAAUUUUUGAGUGUCAAACAAAUACUGUUUGAAAAGUUCAGAAUUGGAACAGGCUGCUGCUUUAAAGUAUCUGUAUGGAUGGUUACGUCAUCACCCAAACACUAUUGGAUUUAGUCUUUUGGUCUAUGUCUGGAUCUUUAGGCACUAGAUUUGAAGCCAAACUAUAUACGUGCUUGGGAAAACAUGGGUAUCAAUUACGCCAACCAGGUUUGAGUUUUUGUUGGAUGCAUGGUCCAGGAUUAGCUGAAUUCAUGCAUAGUGACGACUUGUUUGAGCUAAUUGUUGAUCUUAAAAGCUCGCGGACUCGUGAAGAUUGGAAGAUAGUUGGAGCUCCGAUCACACUAUCAACUUGUCUUCCUUGGUAUAUAGAAACUUUUAUUUUUUUAUAAUGGCAUGUAUAGGAUUCUUGGUUAUUUUUGUUAUAUGUGUCAUUGGGCUAGCCAAAGUAAAGGCUUAAAUGAUAUGCUUAUUUAUUUUGUAUAUGCCCAUGAGAUAUGGCUUAUAUUGAUGUAGGUUGUAAACCUACUAACUUUGCAUGUUUAUGCUUGAUUGUUUCAUGUGAUGGUUGAUGCAGUAUACCAUGAAUGGACGAGUGUAAUGUGGCCAAAUCAUUUGGAAA